GGAUGUGCCACGUAGACUAAGGCGCACCAGUUGUUCGUCCGACGAGACGGAAGUUGCAACAAGUCACCAGCCGCAGCCCGCAGGCCGCAGCAGAUCGAUUGCACGAGAGGAGAAGGAGGAGAGCAGAGCUGUGAGGAGCAUGGCAACCAUGGCAGCGCACCAGUGCGCCAGCUACUACUCGCCCUCCGUGCUGCCGCCGCUGCAUCCAGUAGUAGUAGUAGGAGGAGGACGAGGGCGGGGACGGCGGACGGGCUUGCGGGUGGCCGCGUCGGCGGCGGCCGGCGGCGCGCGGGCGGAUCCCGUGGUGGCCGCCACGGACGCCGAGUUCUUCCAGCCCUCCGACGCCCGGCCCAUCAUGCUCUUCGACGGCGUGUGCAACCUCUGCAGCGGCGGCGUCCGGUUCGUGCGGGAGCACGACCCCAGCAGAAGCAUCAGGUACAUCCCUCUCCAGAGCGAGUCGGGAAGGAAGCUGCUGCGGAGGUCGGGGAGAGCCCCCGACGACAUCUCCAGCGUCGUCCUCGUCGAGAAGGACAGGUCCUACAUCAAGUCUGAAGCGGUGCUGAGAAUAAUGGAGUACCUGAACCUGCCAUUCCCCCAGCUCGCCAUUUUCCUGAAGAUUGCCCCUCUGUUCCUGAGGGACUUUGCGUACGACAAUAUUGCAAACAACCGGUACACGGCGUUUGGCCGCUCAGAGACGGAAGCGUGCGAGAUACUCUGAAACUGAUUCCCCAACACCUCAAUGCUUUGCUUAUAUGAUGACCAUACAUAUUUAGAACUUGUACACAUGAGAAUACGAGGUAACAUCAGCCAUCAAUAGAAACAAUUUACAGUGCUACUGCGCCUUACAUGAGACUCGUCCAGGGAAGCAAAUCACUGCUUCUUAGUAUGUACUACGUGGCUAUGUAUGCUAAAACUGGAAAGUGCUUACUAUUGAGCCGUUAUGAACUGCACUUCAGGUACCACAUUGCCCACAAUGGUUCCAUGGGCAUUUAGAA